AGCUGAAACUGUAAAGUGAGACUGUUCAGGAUAAACUUUAUGGACUUGUUUUUAAAGAAUUGGAUUGGUGAGGAGAAUAUCUCACCAUGGCUCAAGAAAACAGCAAUUCCACGAUGGAGAUGGGCACCAGUGACCAGGUCCUGGUAGCGUCAGGAAAGAAGAAGACAGUCACGUACAUCGUCGGCUUCGUAGUCAUGGCGGCCGUAAUCGCUGUAAUCGUCACGUUGGUAGUCGUGUUGUCAGGGAAUGAGGGAGGCACGUUACCCGAGACUACAGAGGGCCCUACCACAGUCUCUCCGCCGACUACUAUACCGCCUACGGUACAACCGCCAACGGUGGCUCCUACAGAGACGCCGCCACCGGAACCGGAAACAGAACCUCCUGAGACAGAAGAACAGCCAAUAGAAUUAGAGGACGUCAUCAAUGGCGUGUUCUCUUCGCCUUCCUUUAAUGGGUCUUGGACUUCAGGAAGUGACAUUUUGUUCCGCAACGAAAAUGGCGACUUAGUACUUUUCGACUUAGACACUGACAGUACUACCAUUUUGAUCUCCAAUACUUCUGAGGUCUUACAGCAGUCGUCCCGCUUCACUGAGCUGUCACCAGACGGAACGCAAGUGGCGUUAGCGUACAGCGUUGUACCUGUCUACAGAUACAGCUAUCUCGCCCGCUACACCGCUUUUGACAUCAACACCGGGGAAACAAACGACAUUCUCCCCCCCACAGUCGCUAGCAGCGCCGAAGGGUUCCUCCAGAACUUUGUCUGGGGACCCUCUGGGACCUCCCUGGCCUUCGUGUAUACGAAUAACAUAUACUAUCAGGCCAAUUUAACUGAAGACCCUGUGCAGAUCACGACGAGUGGCCAGUUGUAUGUGAUUUAUAACGGCAUUCCUGACUGGGUUUAUGAAGAGGAAGUUUUCGGCUCCAACAGCGCGAUGUGGUUCUCAGCCGACGGCGAGCACCUAGCGUACGUCACGUUCGACGACACGAAUGUUCGCAUCAUGCGUGUACCCCACUACGGUGUACCCGGCUCUGUCGACUACCAGUACACGCAGCACCACGAGAUCCGGUACCCUAAGCCCGGCACCACCAAUCCGACGGUGACAGUCACACUGCGAAACCUGGAGUCUGGCGCUAGCACGGUCUACUCCGCGCCUACUGACUUGAAUGAGCCAAUCCUGAAAGCCGUGAAGUUCGUCACUAGUGACACUAUCGCUCUAAUGUGGACCAACCGCGUCCAGACCACCAUGCGGGUGCUGACUUGCACCCUUGGAACGGCCACUUGCACCCAGAUUUACACCUACACCGAGACCAACGGCUGGAUCGACAACAUUCCUCUCAUCUUCAACGCGCAAGGAACCGCUUUCAUCACCAUCCUGCCUCAAGCAGUCGACGGUACCCUCUACAAGCAAAUUGUUCAAAUCUCGGCCCCAGCUACCGGCAAUGACUGGACGCUGCAGAACCGCGUCAACACUGCCCAUACUGUCGCUGAGAUUUUGAAGUGGACUGAAAAUGACAUUAUCUGGUACAAGGCCACCAGCGUGAACGACUCCGCCGAGCAGCAUAUCUACACCAUCAACUCUGAAGGCGCCAUCGACUGCUUCACCUGCGAGAUAGCCAGGGAAGAUGGCGGGCAAUGUUUGUACAACGAUGGCAUUAUUAGUGAAGAUGGGAAUAAAAUCACCGUGAAUUGCGCUGGACCCGAUCUGCCGCAGGUCUUCAUCUAUAACUCUAACGGCACGCUAGAGUUGGACUGGGACGACAACAGCGCAACAAGCGCCGUGGUCUCCAAUCGCAUUCUGCCCGUGACCCUGCGGCUCUCCGUGCCGGUUGCUACCGGCUUGCCUGACGCUGACGUCCAGUUGUUGCUGCCACAUGAUUACGAGCAGAGGACUAACGUACCUAUGCUUGUCUAUGUCUACGGCGGUCCAGACACAGCCCUCGUCACCAAACAAUGGAGCAUCGACUGGGGAACUUCCCUGGUCAGUCGCUGGAACAUCGCCGUCGCCCACAUCGAUGGUCGAGGCUCUGGGUUGAGAGGCGUCGCGAACAUGUUUGCGGUCAAUCGGGCGCUGGGAACUGUGGAGAUUGAGGACCAGAUCUCCGUUACCAGAUACCUCCACGAAAACCUCUCGUUCCUGGACUCCAACCGCACCUGUAUCUGGGGCUGGUCUUACGGCGGUUACGCUGCUUCCCUGGCCUUGGCUCGCGGAGGAGAUGUCUUCAGAUGUGCAGUGGCUGUCGCUCCUGUCGUGGACUGGAGAUUCUAUGACACAAUAUACACAGAGCGGUAUAUGGACACUCCCCAGCAGAACCCAGACGCGUACACAGCAUCUUCGCUUUUGACAGAUGAAGUGGUCGAUGCAUAUAGAAACAAACGCUACUUCCUGAUCCACGGGACAGCAGACGACAACGUGCAUUACCAGCACGCUAUGCUGAUCUCACGGUUGCUACAGCGAGAAGACGUUUCCUUCACGCAAAUGAGUUACACAGACGAAGACCAUGGUCUAGUCGGCGUCCGGCCUCACCUCUACCACGCUUUAGAGAGGUUCCUAACAGAAAACAUGCUGUAAAUAAACAAUGUCUUGAAGUAAAUAUUGCUCAGUGAAGUUAUUAGACACAAUAACUAAUUUAGGAACAU